AAUGGAAAUAACAUCACAAGAAUCACCAAGACCGACUUUGCUGGUCUAAGGCACCUUCGAGUUCUUCAGCUCAUGGAAAACAAGAUUAGUACUAUCGAGAGAGGAGCAUUCCAGGAUUUAAAAGAACUGGAGAGGCUGCGCCUAAACAGAAAUAACCUCCAGUUGCUUUCUGAACUGCUCUUUCUGGGGACGCCGAAGUUAUACAGGCUUGAUCUUAGUGAAAAUCAGAUUCAAGCGAUACCAAGGAAGGCAUUCCGAGGAGCAGUAGACAUAAAAAAUCUGCAACUGGAUUACAACCAGAUCAGCUGUAUUGAAGAUGGGGCGUUCAGGGCUCUGCGCGACCUGGAAGUGCUCACUCUCAACAACAACAACAUCACUCGGCUGUCCGUGGCAAGUUUCAAUCAUAUGCCCAAACUCAGAACAUUUCGUCUUCACUCCAACAACCUCUACUGUGACUGCCACCUGGCCUGGCUGUCCGACUGGCUGCGGCAGCGGCCGCGGGUCGGCCUCUACACCCAGUGCAUGGGACCGUCCCACCUCCGGGGACACAACGUAGCUGAGGUCCAAAAACGGGAGUUUGUCUGCAGUGAUGAGGAAGAAGGUCACCAGUCCUUCAUGGCUCCAUCCUGCAGUGUCUUGCAUUGCCCUGCUGCAUGCACUUGUAGUAACAACAUCGUGGACUGUCGUGGGAAAGGCCUUACUGAGAUCCCAACGAACCUUCCAGAAACCAUUACUGAAAUACGGUUAGAACAAAAUUCAAUCAAGGUCAUACCUCCUGGAGCUUUCUCACCAUAUAAAAAGCUUCGACGAAUUGACCUGAGCAAUAACCAGAUCUCUGAAGCAGCUCCAGAUGCUUUCCAGGGCUUACGUUCACUCAAUUCACUUGUCCUCUAUGGCAAUAAAAUUACAGAACUUCCAAAGGGCCUAUUUGAAGGACUUUUUUCUCUGCAGUUGCUAUUAUUGAAUGCCAACAAGAUCAAUUGUCUGCGAGUCGAUGCUUUUCAAGAUCUGCACAACUUGAAUCUGCUUUCUUUGUAUGACAACAAGCUUCAGACCAUUGCAAAAGGCACCUUCUCACCCCUGCGUGCAAUUCAGACCUUGCAUUUGGCUCAGAACCCAUUUAUCUGUGACUGCCAUCUGAAGUGGCUGGCGGAUUAUCUUCAUACAAACCCCAUUGAGACCAGUGGUGCCCGUUGCACCAGUCCCCGCCGUCUGGCAAACAAAAGGAUCGGCCAGAUCAAAAGCAAGAAAUUCCGCUGCUCAGCUAAAGAACAGUAUUUCAUUCCAGGCACUGAAGAUUACAGAUCCAAAUUAAGUGGAGACUGCUUUGCAGAUUUGGCUUGCCCUGAGAAAUGUCGCUGUGAAGGGACCACAGUGGACUGCUCCAAUCAGAAACUCAACAAAAUUCCUGAUCACAUCCCCCAGUACACAGCAGAGUUGCGACUAAAUAACAAUGAAUUUUCAGUCCUGGAAGCUACUGGAAUAUUUAAGAAACUUCCUCAGCUGCGUAAAAUAAACCUGAGCAAUAACAAGAUUACUGAUAUCGAAGAAGGAGCAUUUGAUGGAGCCUCUGGCGUGAAUGAACUGUUGCUCACUAGCAACCGCUUGGAAAGCGUUCGGCACAAAAUGUUCAAAGGACUAGAAAGUCUCAAAACACUGAUGCUGAGGAGCAACCGUGUGAGCUGUGUGGGAAACGACAGCUUCACAGGCCUGAGCUCAGUCCGCCUGCUCUCGCUGUAUGACAACCAGAUCACCACCGUGGCACCCGGCUCCUUCGAUACCCUGCACUCGCUCUCUACGUUAAACCUCUUGGCCAAUCCCUUCAACUGCAACUGCCAUCUCGCGUGGCUUGGAGACUGGCUAAGGAAGAAACGCAUUGUGACGGGGAACCCUCGCUGCCAAAAACCCUACUUCCUCAAAGAGAUUCCCAUCCAGGAUGUGGCAAUUCAGGAUUUUACAUGCGAUGAUGGAAACGAUGACAAUAGCUGCUCUCCACUGUCCCGCUGUCCUGCAGAAUGUACUUGUCUAGACACAGUAGUUCGCUGCAGUAACAAGGGCCUAAAAGCUUUGCCUAAAGGUAUUCCAAAAGAUGUAACUGAACUUUAUUUGGAUGGAAAUCAGUUUACCCUUGUUCCAAAAGAGCUUUCCAACUACAAGCAUUUAACACUCAUAGAUUUAAGUAACAACAGAAUCAGCACUCUUUCUAAUCAGAGCUUCAGCAACAUGACUCAGCUGCUCACCUUAAUUCUUAGUUACAACCGCCUGAGGUGUAUCCCUGCACGCACUUUUGAUGGGUUGAAAUCACUUAGGCUGUUGUCUUUACAUGGAAAUGAUAUUUCUGUUGUUCCUGAAGGAGCUUUUAAUGAUCUUUCAGCAUUAUCACACCUGGCUAUUGGAGCAAAUCCUCUUUAUUGUGAUUGUAACAUGCAGUGGCUAUCUGACUGGGUAAAAUCAGAAUACAAAGAACCUGGUAUUGCACGUUGUGCUGGACCUGGAGAAAUGGCAGAUAAACUACUUCUAACUACUCCUUCUAAAAAAUUUACUUGCCAAGGGCCUGUGGAUGUUAAUAUUCUUGCUAAGUGUAACCCCUGUUUAUCAAAUCCAUGUAAAAAUGAUGGAACCUGCAACAAUGAUCCAGUUGACUUCUAUAGAUGUACUUGCCCAUAUGGUUUCAAGGGUCAAGACUGUGAUAUUCCCAUUCAUGCUUGCAUUAGUAACCCGUGCCACCAUGGCGGAACUUGUCAUUUGAAGGAAGGAGAAAAAGAUGGUUUCUGGUGCACUUGUGCAGAUGGAUUUGAAGGUGAAAACUGUGAAGUAAACGUUGAUGACUGCGAAGAUAAUGACUGUGAGAAUAAUUCUACUUGCGUGGAUGGAAUUAACAACUAUACUUGCCUUUGUCCACCUGAAUAUACAGCUGCUAAUCUGAAUGAAGUGGAAAAAGGUGAGCUCUGUGAGGAGAAACUAGAUUUCUGUGCUCAGAACCUGAAUCCUUGCCAGCAUGACUCAAAGUGUAUCUUGACACCCAAAGGAUACAAAUGUGAUUGCACACCUGGGUAUGUAGGUGAGCAUUGUGAUAUUGAUUUUGAUGACUGCCAGGACAACAAAUGUAAAAAUGGAGCGCAGUGUACUGAUGCAGUUAAUGGAUAUACAUGUAUUUGCCCAGAGGGAUACAGUGGCUUGUUUUGUGAGUUUUCACCACCAAUGGUUCUACCUCGCACCAGCCCUUGUGAUAAUUAUGAGUGUCAAAAUGGAGCCCAGUGUAUCAUAAAAGAGAGUGAACCAAUCUGUCAGUGUUUAUCAGGCUACCAGGGUGAGAAAUGUGAAAAGCUGAUCAGUAUAAACUUUGUCAACAAAGAAUCCUAUCUACAAAUCCCUUCAGCUAAGAUACGUCCCCAAACCAAUAUCACUCUGCAGAUUGCCACAGAUGAAGACAGUGGGAUCCUGCUCUACAAAGGCGAUAAAGAUCAUAUAGCGGUGGAGCUGUACCGGGGUAGAGUGAGGGUCAGUUAUGACACAGGAUCUUAUCCAGCCUCUGCUAUUUACAGUGUGGAAACUAUUAAUGAUGGCAAUUUCCACAUUGUGGAGCUGCUAGCUAUGGAUCAGAUUCUGUCUUUAUCUAUUGAUGGAGGAAGCCCCAAGAUAAUUACCAAUUUGUCCAAGCAAUCCACUCUGAAUUUUGAUUCCCCGCUGUAUGUAGGAGGCAUGCCUGUGAAAAAUAACAUAGCAGCUUUACGCCAAUCUCCAGGACAGAAUGGCACCAGCUUCCAUGGUUGCAUCCGUAAUCUGUAUAUCAACAGCGAGCUCCAGGACUUCAGAAACGUGCCACUGCAAGUGGGAAUUCUGCCAGGUUGCGAGCCUUGUCAUAAGAAAGUUUGUGUGCAUGGAACAUGCCAUGCUACCAGCCAGUCAGGCUUUUCCUGUGAGUGUGAAGGAGGAUGGACUGGACCCCUCUGUGAUCAACAAACUAAUGACCCGUGUCUUGGAAAUAAAUGUGUGCAUGGUACCUGCUUGCCGAUCAAUGCGUUUUCAUACAGUUGUAAAUGCCUGCAGGGACAUGGGGGAGUCCUCUGUGAUGAAGAGGAAAUGCUGUUUAACCCCUGCCAAUCCAUCAGGUGUAAACAUGGCAAAUGCAGGCUUUCAGGACUUGGGAAACCAUAUUGCGAAUGCAGCAGCGGAUACACGGGGGACAGCUGUGAUAAAGAAAUCUCUUGUCGAGGGGAACGAAUCCGAGAUUACUACCAAAAGCAGCAAGGGUAUGCUGCGUGCCAGACGACCAAGAAGGUAUCGAGACUAGAAUGUAAAGGAGGAUGUUCAACCGGGCAGUGCUGUGGACCACUGAGGAGCAAGAGACGGAAAUACUCUUUUGAAUGCACUGACGGGUCAUCAUUUGUGGACGAGGUUGAAAAAGUGGUGAAGUGUGGCUGUACAAAUUGUCCCUCCUAA